AUGGCACAAAGAAGGAAGGAAGAUCGUAUUGGUCGUUGGUACUUUGGAGGACUCGCCUCUGCGGGAGCAGCGUGUGUUACCCAUCCCCUUGAUCUAUUAAAAGUGCAUUUACAAACGCAGCAAACGGAGAAACAGACGCUUGGGCAACUGAUCAAAAGAAUUUAUGUAAAUGAUGGUGUACGAGGUUUUUACAAUGGAAUCUCAGCUUCUCUUCUUAGACAACUCACUUAUUCCACUACUCGUUUUGGCAUGUAUGAAACGAUAAAAAAACAGUUUCCUGGUGACACUAAAUCUAUUCCUUUUUAUCAGAAAGCACUAAUUGCUGGUAUUAGUGGAGCAUGUGGUGGUUGGGUUGGUACACCUGGUGAUAUGGUUAACGUCCGCAUGCAAAACGAUAUGAAGCUUCCAGCGGCGCAGAGGCGUAACUAUAAACAUGCUGUCGAUGGAGUGAUUCGAGUAAUGCGUGAAGAAGGCAUCACUAAACUUUUUAAUGGCGCGACUAUGGCUAGCAGUCGUGCAGUUUUCAUGACCAUUGGGCAGUUAGCUUUCUAUGAUCAGAUAAAACAGACGCUUUUGGGCACUGGGUAUUUCAAAGACAAUGCGACGACUCAUUUCACUUCGUCUUUCGCUGCUGUCAGUCUUUGGGCUUCUAUUGCUACAGUACUCACACAGCCUCUAGAUGUUAUGAAAACUCGUAUGAUGAAUGCAAAGCCCGGUCAAUUUAAGGGCAUCAUGGACUGCUUCUUUUACACAGCAAAGACUGGUCCAUUAGGUUUCUUCAAGGGCUUUUUCCCGGCAUGGGUACGACUCGCUCCUCACACAGUCUGUACAUUCAUCUUUUUGGAGCAGUUACGUAUGAAUUUCGGUUAUUUCAAGUAG